CAUCGGCGGCGCUGAGGCCAGGGGUCUCGCAAAGACCGCUCCACGCUCUGCUCCUGGCCAACACAGCCCCACGCAACCCCACAGCCAAAAUGGCCUACAGCACAUUCCAAAGCGCCAAGCACAGCCACGAUUACCAUUACCAUCACCGCAGCAGCAGAGAGGACAGAGACAGCACCAGAGGCACCAAUGGGGGUGCCUCCGGGUGCCUGCUGCCCUCGGGGAUCGUCGGCGGUAUCGCUCUGUUCCUGUACACCAAGCGAACAGCCCCAGUCUACAGCGACGCAGCAGCGGCUAUGGCGCCGGUGUCCUCAGCCAGCGCCCGACUGCAAAUCCUGCAUGCGCAGGCAUCCAAGGUAUCGCUCAAGCUAUCCAAGCCGCAAACAUCGCUGCUGGCGCAGCUCGUGCGGCUCUUGGCGCCCGAAUGCUGGCUGCUUCUGGGCGUGGCACUGACAGCCAUGGGCGCAGCAGUAGUCAACCUGUGGACGCCCCUGGUGACAGGCGACCUGAUAAACGUGAUUGCGCGCAGCGUGCGUCUCUCCCUGGACGACUCCAUCCUGGACGCGCUGCGGUCGCCGGCACGCAAACUGCUGUGCCUCUUGUGGCCAACGGCCCUGGAUGCGCUGCUCGGCCAUGACAUGGCAUUCUUCGAUGCCGUGCAGUCCGGCGACUUGGCAGCACGGCUGGCGGUGGACAUUGGCGAGUUCCAGACGACGCUUAAGCGCAUUGUGUCGCAGGGCGUCAAGGCUGCGACGCUCACCGUGGGCGUUGCCUUCCAGCUCGUGCGCCUGUCGCCGACGCUCGCUGGGGCGCUGGCAGCGACGAUGCCGCCGGUGUACGUGGCGCUGGCGCUGUACGCACGGCUGCUGCGUGCGCUGCGCCGCGAGGCGCGUGGCUGGGAGGGCAUUGCCACGGGCGUGGCCUCGGAGGCGCUGGGCGGCGUGCGCACGGUGCGGGCGCUGGGUGCCGAGCAGGCAGAGCUGCGGCUGUACGCCGAGGCGCGCGGCGAAGCAGCAGCAGCAGCCAGCCGCUUUGGGCUGCACAUGGGGGCGUUCCGCGGGCUGACCAACACGGCCGUAGGCGUCAUGGUCCUGGUGGUCAUGUAUGGCGGCGGCCGCCUGGCUGUGCGCGCCAAGGCUGCGGCCGCGCGCGUGCUGGAAACCACGGCCCUGCGCCCGGCCAUUCCGCGCUCUGGCGGCAUGCGCCCGCAGCUGCUCGGCCAUGUGCGGCCGCAUGCGCCAGUGCUGAGCCGCUUUAAUUUGGACAUUGCCCCUGGCCAGGUGGUCGCGCUGUGUGGGGCGUCGGGCGGCGGCAAGUCGACGGUGGCGGCGCUGCUUGAGCGCUUCUACGACCCGUGCGCUGGCGAGAUCUGGCUCGACGCCUGCCCGUUGACCCGCCUGGAUCCGGCCUGGCACCGUGCACAGAUCGGGUAUAUUCCGCAAGACCCCGUGCUUUUCUCGACGUCCAUUCGCGAAAACCUGCGUCUGGCCAGCCCACAGGCCACAGACGCGCAGAUCGAAGAUGCAUGCCGCCAGGCUAACGCCCAUGUAUUUAUCCAGCAGUUCCCUGACGCCUACGACACUGUGAUCCUCAUCCUGGAUGAGGCCACGUCAAGCUUGGACGCGGAGAGUGAGAGGCUGGUGCAGGCGGCGCUGGAUAAGCUUAUGGUCGGCCGCACCGUCCUGGUCAUCGCACAUCGCCUGACCACGAUUCGUAAUGCUGAUCGCAUUGUGGUCAUGGGCAAUGUGCCUGGACAUAUUGUCGAGCAGGGCUCGCAUGACGAGCUUAUUGCGAAGCGCGGCGCCUACUAUAAGUUAUACACGGAGGCGCGGCCCGAGGAACAUAAAACAAUAGAGUAAAAUAAAUGCAAGCGUAAAUAUAUAUAUAUAUAU